GACUGAGGGACUUGACAAUUGGUAUGAGAGUACAACUCAAUUGAGACGAACGUGCUGUGACACUAUAUUUUGUUGCGGAUUCACAGAGUCAAUUCGCAAAAGGCGGUGGAAAGGAGUGGCGUGUCGAGUGUAGCCGAUGAUGAUGAUGGGGUAGCUGAGAGUAAGCUGUUGUCCGGAACUAGCGGGGAUGUAUGCUGUUUGCUGUUAACGAGAUGCGGUUGUUGGUGGUCUGGUGAAAAGAGAGAAAAAAAAAAAAAAAAAUUAGAUAGAUAGAAUUGCUGUAUCGCGAACGGAUUUGCUGUGGGAAUCUCGAGUCAUAGGGGAUCUCAUUGUUUGGAGAUCAGAGUUAGGAGAGUACAACAAGACUUAAUGAAUUGAUGGCGUUUUAAUUUGCUGACCCCUCUGAUAAUGAAGCCGGACACUUGAGUAGCUGAUAAAGAACGUGCUCAUCACCAGACACCUCGGUAGUGGCGGCGAAUGUGGAAUUUUAAAAUUCAAAAAAAAAAUAUAUUUAUUACUGAUGAUUAAUCAAUACAUCUAUGUCAUCAAUUUAUCAUUAUUAUAUUUUUUUUUCUUAUUUAAUUGAUGAUAUACAUGUAGCUGAUUUUUCCAGUUGAACAAUUUAAAAAAAAAAAUUUUAUCAUCCAUGAAAGCCGUAUUGUCGUCACUCCGAAAACCGUGAGUCUCUAUUUUCAAACAAACAUAAAAAAAAAAAAAAAAAAAAAAAAGUAUGUUCGGUUUAUUGAUUAUAAUUAGUUUUUUUUUUUACUUUUUUUUUUUUUUUUUGUAUUCUUUUAAUUAUUUAAAUUUUUAUUUGAUAUUAUUUAUGUUUGUUAUAUAAACAAUGGUUUUUAUUUUUAUUUAUUUUUUCUUGAUUUAAUUUUUUUUCUAACGUCGAUAUCGAUUGAAGUAGUUGGGUGGGAAAAAUUAAUUUGUGCAUAAUUAAAUUUUUCUUUCAGUCAGUAAUCACGUAAGUAUGGAUUGGUAAUGACAUCGUUGGAUCAAAAAUUCAAUUUUUGUUUUUGUUCAUUUACUUAUGGAGGAUUUUAUAGAAUAAAGAGAGAAAAAUUUUAAUAAAAAAAAUAUUAUACAACUAAUUUUAUUAUUGAUUUAUUUAUUUUUUUGAAUUAUAUCCUAAAUUUAUUAUUAAUUAUUCAUGUUAAUUUUAAAAUAAUAAAAUAGAAUGAAUUAAUUUUCUAUUUUUGGGCUUUGACUAUUCAACGAGUCAAAAAAAUGCUUUGAACAAUCAUCUGGUGAUCAGGUUGUGCCUGACAAAAUCUAUUAUUAAUAUUUUUAUAAAUAAAUAAAUUUGUAGAUGACUUGCAAGUUGCAACACGAUAAAUUUAAAUCAAGACGCCAUUGCUGUCAUUCAGGUGAGUAAACUGAACGACGAAAAAUUUCCCAUGUUGAUAACAACAACGUAAUUCCAAUGUAACUAGAAUAAAACUAAACUCUAAAGCUCAAUUUAUCUAUCACACGUGAGUUGUCAAUAAAUAAAUAAAUCAUUGCACAACAGUUAAUAAUAAAUAAUACUCCAAUAAAUAUUAAAAAUGUCAACAAGAGAAAUAAUUACUCUUCAAUUUGGUCAUUAUGCUAAUUUCGUUGGUGCACACUGGUGGAAUUUACAGGAGGGAAAUUUCUCUUAUGAUUCAUCUAAACCAUCUGAAAUAAAUCAUGAUGUUUUAUAUCGUGAAGGACAAAAUCCAAAGAGAGAAGUUACAUUUACACCUCGAUUAUUGUCAGUUGAUUUAAAAGGAUCACUUGGUUACUUGAGUGAACAUGGUAAUCUUUAUGAGGAUGAUUCUCCAUCAGAUCCAGAUUCAAUGUGUCUAUGGAAUUCAGAUAAUAUUGAAAUAACUAAAGAAGAAAAAUUACCAAAAGCACCAUUCAUUCAAAGCCUAGAAGACAAUGCAACAAAUAAUGAAAAAGUUGAAUUUGAAUUUGAAGAUGAAGUUGAUAGUUGGGUUGAUUAUGUAGUUCCAAGAUUUCAUCCAAGAACAAUUAACAUUGUCAAAGAAUAUAAACACAAUGAUAAUGAUAAAAAAUUUGAUAUAUAUAAUUAUGGUAAAAAUUUAUGGCAAACUGAAAAAUUUCAAGAUGAUUUUUCUGAUAAAAUUCGUGCUUAUGCUGAAGAAUGUGAUUUGAUGCAAGGUUUUCAGGUUUUAAUGGAUUGUACUGAUGGAUUUGGUGGUCUUGGAUCUUCUUGUAUUGAACAUCUUAAUGAUGAAUAUGGAAAAAGUAUAUUAACGUUUCCAUUGAUUGAUUCAACAAUAAAUGAACCAUCAAUAAAUGAUUUAAUAAAAUCAUUAAAUAUUGCUCUUUCUUGGCAAAAAAUUGGUGAAUGUUCAUCAAUAUAUAGUCCAUUGUGUUGCAGUGAAGAAGGCUGGUCACCAAAAACACCUCGUAAAUUUGAAAAUAUAUCAUAUAAUCAAAAUUCAAAGUAUCAUACAUCAGCAAUAUUGGCAACUGCAUUGGAUACAUUGUCAAUAAGAUAUAGACAUAAAAGUUAUCCUAGUUCAGCAUUAUCUGAUUUAUGUGCUGAUAUGAAUAAACAAGGUAGAAAAGCAGCAGCAAUGAGUUUAUCAUUACCAUUUCCAAUGACUGCUAAAAAAGAUUUAAUUGAUAUACUUGAUGAUAUGGAAACUUCAUUGUGGACAAGUUUAACACCAAAUUGUGAAAUAAGUGGUGAAAGAAAUAUGCAAAGUUUUUCAUUGAGAGGUAUACCUGAGGAUAGAUUAAAAAGACCAAUGAUUGAUGCAAGAAAACAAAUGGGUAAACCAGCAUACAGUUGUAAAACUGUACAUGAAAUGAUGACAAUGUAUUUGGCUUAUUCUUGUCAUGCUUCUGCUACGUACUUGACAAAUACAACACAACCAUUAAAAAUUGAUACACCUUAUCCAAAAAUAUUUAAAAAUAAUUUACAUGAAAAUGGUGAUGUUGCUGAUUGGCCAGUUGGUGAAACUGUUAAAACAAUUCCUGUUAUGGCUGGACUUCACAGUACCAGUGAAAUGUCAAAAAUGUUUGAAUCACUUCAUGAUCGUGUAUCAAAAAUUAAAAAUAUAAAAAAAUUUCAUGCUUUUGGAGAUGCUGGAUUGGAACAAGAUGACUUGGCUGAAUGUCUCAAUCAUCUUCUUGAUACCAAGGAAUCAUUUGAAGAAAAUUACGUCUAAUUAUUUAAAAUUUUUUUUAUAUCAAUUUUUCUACUCAUAAAAAAAAAGUCAAUAGUUAUGUAUUUUGUUGAAUAAAAAAAAAGGUAAAUUUUGAAUUAA